ACAUCGUUGCAUCGAUGCACCCAAGUUCCAUCGAUGUUUCUACAUCUCUAGAAUUGAAAGAAAGUUUAAAAAAGCUUAAAUAAAAAAAUAUAUUAGAAAACAGUAUGCCAGUCAGCGAAGGAGAGGAGAGCGACGCCUCCUUCUAUUCAGCCUCAGACAAGGUUAGCGAGAACUCAAAAGCUUGCAUCCCGUUGGAGGAGCACGAGCUGGAAAACCUGAAGAAGAAACUGCAGAGAAUAGUGUAUAUCCAGCACACGGAUAGGAAUUACCACCAUGCACUGGCGGACAUGCGAGACCAGACCAUACUGUCGCUGCUGGUCGAGCCUAGUUUCUAUGGACGUCACCACAAAACCUCAGUAGUGGUAGUGGCUACGGCGAACGAAACCUACGUAUUCGAUGUGCAGGCACUGGGGGGCACCAUCCAUCCGGAAUUCCGUUUCAUUCUUGAGGCGAAGCGGCCGAGAAAAGUGGUCCAUUACAGUCAUCGCAUUGGUGAUCAUUUUAACCAUCGACACGGCAUCCGCUUGGGUGGUAUCUGUGACAGCUUUACAGCCCUGUGUCUGGCCCGCCGCGAAAGGACUCCACGUACCCUGCCAGAGGCAGUAUCCCUGGUGUUUGGCCUUCCCCUGGAAAAGCUACUCUGCAAGGAAGUUUCCGGAUCCAGGGAAUCUCUACGGAAUUUCAUCGCCCGUCCACUAACGCACAGCCAGUUGAGGUACCUGGCGAGGUUGGCCAUUCUCCAACUCAAAAUGCACGAUCGCCUGAUCUACGACAAUAUAUGUGCCGAGGUGCAGCACAUGACCUUGGACUUCAACCAAAUAUAUACUGGAGACGCUUAUGCAGCCUUGCAAAUGGGUCCCACUAGUCACCAUGGAUUUGAAUCCAUCGAUCAUUGCUAUAAGAUAAAUACUGAGGAAUUGGCCAGUCCUACAGCUAUCAAGAAAAUCAACGGUCAUCAACUGGACCAUGAAAAGUGCCAAAUGUGAGGGACUCCAGGGAUUUGGGUUCUUUCCGCCUGUCAGCCCAAGCAGAUGUUGAAAUAACAUACUAAUUAUGCACAAUUUAGAGAAUGCUAGGUUACUAAGGUCCUUGGGGAAGGAAUUGAUUAUUCUUAAAAGAUAGUUUUAUUAAUUCUAUAUUACAAUUCAUUCCAAUUUACAAUUUGGUACACAAAAUAAAGUACGUUAAGAAUAACGCAUCCCUUCCAAAUA